AUGGCGCCCGCCGCGGAGGCGUCUGCCGACGCCGCGCAAGUGCCGCUGGCGGAGGCGACCACGUCGCUGCUGGCCACGCAGUACGGCGCAUGGUACCCGUGGCUGCGGCACCACUCGCCCAAGGCCGUCGUCAUCGACGUGGAUGAGGUAGAGCCCGCAUUUGCGCAGUGGCUCGACGCAGAUGGGCUCGCCCUCUCGGACGCGAACGACGACCACCGCGCACCGCGCACGGUCCCACGCGACGACGACGCCGAGGUGCUCAGCGAGCCCAGUGACGACGAGGACGAGCCGGGCGCCCACUUUCCGGCGCUCAGCGCGCGCAUCGCCGAGGUCCUGCGUGACUUUGGCGCGGUCUUCCCGAAACUGAACUGGAGUGCGCCGCAGGACGCGGCGUGGAUCAUGCCGGGGCACACGCUCAAGUGCCAGACGCCGAAUGACGUGUACCUCCUGCUCAAGUCGUCCGACUUUGCGAUGAACGACCUUGCACAGCUGCGCGAGCUCCAAGCGGCGUGCGAGCGCGAGCAGCGCCCGGAGCGCCCGCGCCUGCAGCUCGUCCUGAAAAAGUGGUUCGAGAUGCCGCGCUCGCACGAGUUCCGCUGCUUUGUGCUGGGCGGCCACCUCGUUGGCGCGUGCCAGCGAGACGUGACCUUCUACGAGCACCUGCAGGAGCCUGCCGUGCAGGCCCAGAUCCAGCGCAUGCUCGCUGCAUGCUAUCACACGCACAUCGCGCCGCAUGCGCCGCGGGACAUCGUGUGGGACGUGUACCUGACGCGGCACCUCGACCGCGCUUUCGUGAUGGAUCUGAAUCCGUGGCUGCCGCGCACGGACACCCUGCUAUGGACGUUUGACGAGCUGCGCGCGGCGCCGGCGCUCGACCCGGUGCCGCUACGUGUGCUGACGUCGGCGGCGCAGGCGACGCAGGCCCUGCCGACCUACUCGGCGCACAUGGUGCCGGCGGACGUCGUGGCGAUGAGCCAGGGCCAAAGCAUCGCGGCGUUUGCGCAGCAGUGGUCCGAGCAGAUGCAGGGCGCCUGUGCCUCGUCCGACGAGGACGAGCCUAGUACCGCAGCGGCCCCUUGA